AUGGAUUUCAUAAAAAAUACAAUUGAAAAGAAAACGGGAAUGGAUUUGGAUAAAGACGGUCGAGUUGGUGGUGGAACGGGUACGCAAAAAGAAAUCUACACAUUUCUUCCCAUUACUGAAGGUCACAUUCUUUUUUUUGUUAAAGGACAAAAACUACCAGGUCAACAUGGUGCCGCAGUUCCAGGUCAGCAUACAGGAGGGGUUGGUGGAGGUUUCAUGAAUAAAGCUGAACAACUAACCCGUUUUGAUAUCAAUAAUGAUGGUCGAAUAGGCGAUGGACAAAGACCUCAGUGA